ACAAAAUCCCUUUCUCUCUCCUACCUCUCACUCUCUCUCUCUAAACUCAUACUCAGAGAUUCUCAUUUCCAUUUUUUUCCAUCCCGCAAAAUCUCCAAUUCCCAUUAUCAAACCGAUAACCAAAUCAAAACCCAGAAUCAAAGACGGCAUGGUCAAGCUAGUUUCCGCCAGGGAUUUCAGAGUGUACGGCCCUCGGCCGGUCCGGAACCGGGCGGAGUACAUCAAUGCCGGCCUCUACUUGUUCGCCACUGUUCUUCUUCUUGGGGGCUUCGUUGCUCAGCUUUCCCGAGAACCCAUGUCCGGUUUGGCUCUAAUUCUGUUCGCCACUGCCCUAAUUACGAUCGUUAAUUUGCACGAUCUCUUCGCCCAUCUCGCCGGAAUUGAUUACCGGUUGCCGCUGCUUGUUCAGUAUGAUGCACAGCUUCUUUUUGUGGAAUUUUCGGUUCCGUUUCUUCAGGCGAUUGGGUCGUUGCUCUUGUCUUUGGGUGCUCUGUUUCUUCUAAUUCAGGAACAAAAGGGACAUGAUUAUUACAAACUAGAAAAGCAUGCUUCGAAUAUGCUUAUCGCGGGUCCUGCCUUAUGGAUGCUUGGAUCAAUCCUUAACUCAUGCCAAAUCUAUGAGAGGGCCGAUGGGCAUGUUCAAAUCUUGCAACAGAGUGUCCAUAUUCCAUUUUUAAUUGGAAGCUUGCUGUUCUUCGUUGCAGCAGUACUCAAUAGAUAUGAGCAGGCCAAGUUAGCCCAUCACGGACUCAGACUUCUGGGUAAAAACUGGGUUUGGUUAGGUAUCUUUGGGAGCUUAUCACUCUUGUUAGGCGGAUUGUCAAAUGUGCUUAAGGUGUUCAAGAUGCAGCAGUUUGAGGGACUGCGACUUGAAAAGCUUCGUGGAGGGGCAAAUGAACGGCUUCUCGAAGAGAGAGAAGGCAGGAUUCCCCUAAUUCUAGAGGAUCAGGGGAGGAGAAAACGACAUGUCGAUGAAGAGAAAGGAAGGGAAGCCAGAUCGACCCCUUAUAAAGACGUCCUCGUAGGCCAAUCUUCCUGAACUUCUUUUUCCCUCUUCCACUUCCAUGCCUGACCCCUGCAACUGCACUUGAUCAGGCUCUGCAAAGUACCUCUUGUUACAGAAUAUUGUGUGCAUUUGCAUAUAAAAUUUAUGAGAUUAUGAUUGAUGUGUAUGUUUAUAGAAGUUCAUAGAAUAGACAUUGUUGAUAUAUUUGAUGUCUGAUCUCUUGUUUGGUUGUUUCUGUUUGGACAUUGAACUUAACUGUCAUUGUGAUGUGGAUAGACUGGUCAGAAGGAUGGGUUUAAGUUUAACCGACUCUUGAAAUAGUGGGGAGUGUUUUUAUCUGCAUAGAUAGUGUA